UUCACUUCUCACUCUUGCUAUACACUUUUCCUUCUCCCUUAUUUCUCUCCUGAGCAGAAGCAAGGAGACUAUCUUAUUCAACACCUUCGUCCUUUGCCGCCUACUAGUCCAAAUGCACAUAUCCGUACCUCUGCCUCCGGUUUGGACCACACUUCAAUAGAAACAGCCAUCCCUUCUUGGGGCUAUCUCCUAUACGAUUUGUGACGCCAAAGAGAACCAUGCCUUUUUCGCUGACUCAAUAGAUCAUACACUCUGUCAAGCGGUCCCAUGAGCUUUGCGGCGGCACGAUGCUUGUUGAAAACUAAAACCCUCCCCCAAACUUCCUCAUCAGUAUGCCAAGAGAGCAGGUCGUUCUGGUUCCGCAUCACGCUCGCAUUUGGUCGCGAAAAUUCCAAUGCUCUGAACCCAAGUAUUUAUAUCCGCAUCCGUUUUGAUCCCACUAGUAAGUACCGUGCUUCCAUAAGUUCGUCAAACCAUAACUACCCGGCUCCCUUUAAUCAUCUCAGGAAUUUCGCCUCCGUCGGAACACCAAAGGUUUUUCGACAUUCUUCAUACAAUUUACCUAAUUCAUCCGCGCCCUUUUUACCACUACUGCUCGGAACAGCGCCACCUUUGGAACUACAUUUAGACUGGCUAUCAUUUAAAAGUGGAGGCUAAAGAGUCAACUGUCCAGAUCACGACACCCACUUCCAAUGGACCACAACCACCAUCUGGACGGUUACAUGACUGGGAGCAGUGGCUCAGACUCUCACCAUGACUUGCCCUCGUUACCCCCGGCAAAGUCGUCUGCCCAUGACCUCAAGCAGGUCACCAACUCGUUUACGAUGCAAGACCCUCGACUGGAGUCGGUCACUGCCAAGAGCUCAAAGGUUGAUGUUGGGUAUCCCGAAGGAGGGCCGGAGGCCACCAGAACAACUCUUGGUGCUUUCUUGAUCCUGUUCGUUCAGUUCGGACUAAUGAACUCGUUUGGAGUGUUUGAGGCGCAAUACUCAACGGUCAACUUGAAAUCAAAAUCGCCAUCGGAAAUAGCAUGGAUUGGGACUUUCCAGUUCUUCAUGUUUUUCUUCAGUGGCGCGUUUGUUGGCCGUUUGUUUGAUUCAUUUGGAGCCAAACCUCUGCUCUUUCCCGGGAUUGUGCUACUCGUCCUAUCACUAAUAGCGACAUCGUAUUGUUACGAUUACUACCAAUUUUUCCUGGCCCAGGGUUUUCUUUUCGGCAUCGGGGCUUCAUUAACUUUCUAUCCCGCUCUUAGUUCCCUAACUCAUUGGUACGAGCGAAAACGAGGCAGAAUCAUGGGAUUGGUGACAGCUGGGUCCUCACUUGGAGGUGUGGUGUUUCCGAUAGCUCUCAACAAACUCAUCCCUGCAGUUGGUUUCCCAAUGGCCAUCAGAAUCGUUGCAUGUAUAGCAGCAGGGAUUUUACUACCAGCCGGACUCCUCAUUCGAACUCGCCUUCCUCGACGGCCAUUCAACGGAGACGUCUCUUCUCUAGUCGACCUAGAUGGCUUCAAGGACCUCGGAUACGUCCUCUUUCUUGCGGCUUCCGUCCUCACGAUGCUUGGAACAUACAAUCCUUAUAUAUUUGUCACAGUCUAUUCCCAAUCUCGGCAUUUCGACCCAGUUAUUACUACGUACAUCCUUUCUAUCUUGAACGCGGGGUCCUUCUUUGGGCGCCUUAUCCCUGGUAUACUGGGAGACAAACUGGGAUUCUUCAACAUCCUCUCUAUCGCUCUGGCAAUAGCAGGGCCGGUCUUAUUCUGCUGGUUGGCAGUUUCUUCUGCUGCAGGAUACGUGGUAUGGACGGUUUUCUACGGGUUUUUUAGUGGCGCAUUCAUUGCUUUAUUACCUGCUUGCAUCGGAAAAUUUACUCCUGACCCAACGAAAUACGGUGGUCGUGCCGGUAUGGUAUUCGCAUUCGUUGGUCUAGCUGUAUUGUGCGGUCCUCCCAGUGCAGGUGCCCUCAUCGCUCGCGAUCACGGAAGUUUUACCGAAAUGAUCGUUUAUUCAGGAGUGAUGUGUGUUGCCGGUGCAGCGCUUUAUUGGGCCGCACGAUUCAAAGCUACCAAAGGGGAACUUUUCAUCAAAUUUUGAACCACGAGAAGAGGCGCGGGGUUGGCGCGGGGAGGUAAGGUGCUAAGUACUAGGGACUUCUACGCCAACCUCGUGGACUGUACAGUACUGUUUUUGUCUAUUUUUCUAUGCUCGCUUCACUUGUAUGAAUUCUUGAUUCAGUUCGACCUUGUCUGGAGUGUCCCAUUUUUUGAUUCGUUCAUCAAUCUUAUUCUAUACGCACCUAGCCACAUACACGUGCCGGAUUAUACCGUACUUUAUCCCCAACUCGUAACGAUCUUAUGGUUACUUAGUGUCAAAUAAGCCUUUACGAAGUCGCGCA